AUGUCUUGCCAGACUCUGGAUCUUCCCCUAGGACGGUUUAUUUGGCUUAAUCAAGCGACCAUCCCGUCUCCAGUUUCCACCCCAACCAGUGCUCCUGCAAGCCAGGUAGAGAACCCCGCCCUGACCAGGAAACUGGUCGACAACGGCAGCCCCUCCGACGUGGCGUUCGAGGCGGCGUGUGCCGGAAUGACCAGCAAGGCAGCCCUGCGUUGCCCGUGCAGCGGCGUUGGCCAACGCUGUGCCGACCCGGUUUCGGUCUGCAGUGCCACCAAGAAAUGCAUUUGCGACAGUGCCCUCGGCUUUUCCGAUUCUACUGGAACCAAGUGUGUCCGUUACACGACUUUAGCUCCAGUGACAUAUCCUCCUUGUCCAUCAGUUACCUGUCCAGCUUGCACAUGCCCCGCCACAAUUGGUCCCACGACUGCAAGCACAGCCUGCCCGACGAUCACAUGUCCGACCGCCACAACAACAGCCUGUCCGACGUUGUCUACCACACCCACCACGACGACGACUACUACGACCCCUACUACGACGACGACAGCUGCAACAGUUCAGGAUCAAAGAUGCGAAACUAAUGGAAUAUACCAAAACGGAUUUAUUUCUCCGCAAGAGCUAGCUGGAAUGGCUUGUGGAGGAUGCAUUUUUCCGGAUUCGACCGGAAAGCCUUUAUCAUAUCCAACCAAUCCACAGUACGGCGCCAAUUGCCUUUGGAGCAUCGUUGUGCCUCCUGGAAAAAACAUCCGGGUAGUACCGGGCACCUUUAAUUUAAUGGCGGGAUUUGAUGCCGUCAUUCUCAACGGAGUGUUGUACAACGUCGGCAGCCCCUUUCCUGCCGGAGGUGUCAAUGUAAUGGCUAGUGUCACGGCAAUAUAUUUCCGUGCCAAUAUAGCCACCUCAUCCACUGCCUCCUUCACGGUUUAUUCUUUCUAGCAAGAUUAC